GCCGGGCUCUCCCCGGAGCCUUCCGGCGGCGGAGCGGAAGGGGCGGCGGGCUGCUAUGGAGGCGUGAGGGAGGCGGUGAGGGAGCGGCCGGCCCCGCGGCGCCAUGGACGGGGUGCAGCUGCGGAACCCGCGCCGGCAGCUGAAGAAGUUAGAUGAAGACAGUUUAACCAAGCAACCUGAAGAAGUAUUUGAUGUGUUGGAGAAGCUUGGAGAAGGCUCCUAUGGCAGUGUGUUCAAAGCUAUUCAUAAAGAAACGGGUCAAGUAGUUGCAAUUAAACAAGUUCCUGUGGAAUCUGACCUGCAAGAGAUUAUAAAGGAAAUAUCCAUAAUGCAGCAAUGUGACAGUCCUCAUGUGGUGAAGUAUUACGGCAGCUAUUUUAAGAACACAGACCUGUGGAUAGUCAUGGAAUACUGCGGUGCCGGAUCCGUGUCUGAUAUUAUUCGAUUACGAAACAAAACUCUCACAGAGGAGGAAAUUGCUACAAUAGUGCAGUCAACACUGAAAGGACUGGAGUACCUGCAUUUUAUGAGGAAAAUACACAGGGACAUCAAAGCUGGAAAUAUAUUGCUAAAUACAGAGGGGCAUGCUAAACUUGCAGAUUUUGGAGUGGCAGGACAGCUUACAGAUACCAUGGCAAAACGGAACACAGUUAUAGGGACCCCGUUUUGGAUGGCUCCAGAAGUGAUCCAAGAAAUUGGGUAUAAUUGUGUUGCAGACAUCUGGUCUCUAGGAAUCACUGCGAUAGAAAUGGCUGAAGGCAAACCACCAUAUGCAGACAUUCAUCCUAUGAGGGCAAUUUUCAUGAUUCCUACCAAUCCGCCUCCAACAUUCCGGAAACCAGAGAUCUGGUCAGACAAUUUCACGGACUUUGUGAAACAGUGUCUUGUCAAGAGCCCUGAGCAGCGUGCCACUGCAACACAGCUUCUGCAGCACCCGUUUGUUAAAAGUGCCAAAGGAGUGUCAAUUCUGCGAGAUUUGAUUAAUGAAGCAAUGGAUAUCAAGCUAAAACGUCAAGAGGCGCAACAGCGUGAACUAGAUCAAGAAGAUGAAGAAAAUUCAAACCCCCCUUAUAGAAACUGUCUACUACACAAGAACAACCGACAGAAAUAUGAGGAGGAAGAUGAAACUGAUUCAGGUACUAUGGUGAGGGCGAGCGGAGAUGAAACCAGUACCAUAAGAGCUGUCGGCACGCUGGGUGAUGGAGCCAAUACGAUGAUAGAACAUGAUGGCACCUUGGAAUCCCAGCUGGGCACAAUGGUCGUAAAUGCAGAAGAGGAAGAAGAGGAGGGCACCAUGAAAAGGAGGGAUGAAACGAUACAGCCAGCCAAACCAUCAUUCCUUGAAUAUUUUGAGCAGAAAGAGAAGGAGAAUCAAAUCAAUAGCUUUGGGAAGAAUGUGUCUGGCCAGACAAAAAAUUCAUCUGAUUGGAAAGUGCCACAGGAUGGAGACUACGAAUUUCUAAAGACCUGGAGUGUGGACGAACUGCAGAGGAGGCUCUCAGCACUGGACCCCAUGAUGGAGCAGGAGAUUGAGGAAAUCCGCCAGAAGUACCAGUCAAAGCGGCAGCCGAUCCUCGAUGCCAUUGAAGCCAAGAAGCGGCGGCAGCAGAACUUCUGAGCCACCGGUAGAAAUUUCCUCCAUCCUCAAACAAUCAGCUCCUUGCUUUUAUGACUACUGAACAGAUUGAUUUCUACUGAAAUAUGCUAGCACAAUAGAGGGCAAUACUUCUGCUCAUUCAUUUUUCCAUAGCACCUUUGUGAACUCAGGAAUGCCAUUAAGUGGGAAGUCCUGAUGGUUUGUUUUAGUGUUAGCCGUGUAUUUAAAACGUUACCCCACGGAGUUCUGUUACUGGUUUUAGGCAGCCUGUUUUUAAAUCAGGGGGAUGGGUAGAAAUAGACUAACGAAAGUUGGCUCACUCUCUUUUCAACUGAACUUUCAGUAGUCUGUUUUCUUUAAGUGAAUACGAAUUGUGGUAUUUAAUGGCUGCAAUUUUUGUGGUUUUUGUUGUUUAUGUUUUUCUUUGUGGAUGCACAGACUCGAUUUCGAGCUGUUAACUGUAUCGUUCUGCUGUUAAGGUACUGAUAAGUUUUAGGUCACUGAACAGAACAAACUGUUCCAGACUUGGAAAGAAACUUAAAUCUCAGUUUUUAUAAAGCCUGUAAUAAGCCCCAUGCCUUACACUUUGUGCUUUAAGCAAGUGUGAUUUCUUCAACACCUCAGUUUUGUCCUUUGUUUAUGUACUUUAGGAAUUAAUCUUAGUAGAUAAAGCGUGUUGUGCCUCCAUCAGAAAUUACUUUCUGUAAUAUAAAAUCCACGUUGACUUAAAACCAAAAGCCAGUCAGUGAUCUGACCGAAAACAGAGCAGAUUCCACUUCAUCUGUCUCUUUGGAAAUGUCCUUCAGGGAGACCCUGCUGACAGUGAAGUGCUGGGGAAAGGAACCAGUAUUUGAAAGGGGGGAAGUUGCGUGAACCUCUCCCAAAUUAGGUACUUCUGCUGUGUCAGAGAGGACUGAGAAGUCUCCACAGUUUGUGAAAUAUUUUAUAGGCUUCAUCAUUUCAAAUUUACAUCUUUAGGUGCUGGAAUAAAAACUUAAUUUCACAAUCCUUCACGUUUCUGCCAGGCUUAGCACAUGAAAAAAACGGAAACGAAAAUUAACAUUUGUUGAUGCACAAAGAUGUGCGUUGUGGGGUGGGGUGGAGGCAGGGCUGAUCCCGAGGAGAAGACAACGACCAACAUCCUACUGGAAGAGAUUCAGUCUCUUCCCGUGCCUCUGGAUGCUCCUCGUGUUCUUUCUCUUUAAAUUACCCUGCUGUUCCUGCCUGCCGUAGCUCAGUGAAAACACCCAGCGUGUACAAUCGCUGUGAGGAUGGUGCAAUUAUCUCACGCUGGUGGAGGGGAGGGUAAAACAGAGCAGUGAUGCAGUGAGCCUGGCUGCAGGGCAGAGACCGGUGACGCCUCUGCCCGCUGGGCUGUGGCAGCAGAGUUACCUAGUUUUAGAUGUCUGGUGUGUGAUGAAAUACUCGGACAGAUCAAUUUAUUUUUAUUGUGCUCUAUGGAGAGAAGAGUUUCCAUGUCAUUCUUCUGCAACAGGCCUUGGUACGCCACCCGGCUAAUUAAACUAAAUAGCAGUGUCUCCUGAAUCCCGUGCUGCUGGAGAGAAGUGCUCGCUUCAUGCCUCGAGAGGCUCUUUUUCCCUGCUCGGAGCAGACUUUUGCCUGCUGUUAACAGGUAUACUCCAUUGCUGUGAAAGGAACCAAGCCAUUUGUACCCCCUCUGCAGAUCUGGUCGCAUCGGUUUGUCCCGGUUCGAUAGGCAGUGCUAACACAGCUGCUGCGGACAUCAGCGGCCCGGCUGGCCCUAAGGCAGAAAGAGCUGUACGUCCGGGGAUAGUCAGCUACCUGGUGGCCUCAAGUGUCAGGACAAUUUGGAAAAGGCUUGCUUCCACAGCACAAGCCCGGUAAUUAAAACCUUUGUUGUUAAUGGAUUAAAAUGCCUUACCAGUGAGAGUCCGGACUCUGAAGUCUGGUGACAUGCUGCGUGAACACCGGGGCUCGCACAGCGCGCGUCCAGGAACUGCAGUAUGCUUUGCCCUGAGUAUUUGUUAUGAGCAAUAUUUAUGAGAGCCCUUUGCAUCAAUAAACUCCCACAAGGGAGGAGAGGGUGCUCUGUUGAAUUACUGCGUCUUGAAUUAGUCACUUGGAUGGAUCCGUCCCCCCUGGGCUCGCCCAGGCUGGCUGUGCGCUGGGCUGCAGCUCUCCCAGCCCCAUGGAGAGACCGGAGGCGGCUGGCAGGAGGCUGGGCAGCUCCUGCAGGCCCUGCUGAAGCUCAGCUUUAGGUCACACCUGGUUUGUACCUCUGGUGUGAUGGGCGUGGGACGUGGCAAACUGCACUGCUUGCGUGUAACGUGGAUCGAGCAGAUUCUGCUGGGAGGAGUUUUACCUCUGCACUGUGUAGGUAACUUUCUAGUGGUUGGAGGGCAUUAGAAAACCCAAGUUUUUAGGUGAAGCACCCUAUUGUGGUGCCUGUUUUUGGAAUAUGCAACCUGUGUCUGCUGUAACUGAAUGUAAGCACUGUUGAAAUGCUCUGCUUUGCUGAUGUGAUUGUCUUAAAAUACAGCAAAUGAACCAAAAGAAGUAAAACUGGUCCAAUGGCUUAACUGUCUUUGAACCUUUCUUAAAUGCUUGCAGUAGCUGAGACGUGAUGUUUCUUGCCCAUGGAGCUCUAGUGCAGAGGAAUUAUUUUCUCCUUCACUGAUUUGCAGGCUGUUAGAGAAAAUAAUUCCCUGUUUGGUCCCUUGGUAGAGUGUCUGGGAGUAUAGUGCCUGCUCGCUUCUCAGUGCCCCAAACCCAGACCAAGGCUUGUGCCCUAAGGGAAGGCUGUUCCAACAGAGGUGUUAAGCAAAAUGCUUCCUUAAAAAUGCUUCCUUAAUUGCGAAGCUGCAUUCACGUGCUCCUUGGGUCCAUCUGCAUUGCUGGAAGUGUUCUGGACAAACCAUUAUCUUCGCUUCUGAAACCCAGACGUACCGAUGAUGUCAGUCAUGCGAGACAUAAUAAUGUGAAGUUUGUAGCUUUAACUUUUUUUUUGUAACAAAGAAAUCAGCAACACUGGCAUAAAGUGCUGACUUGAAAUGCUCUUUUGUAAGACCUGGCUGUUUGUAUAUAAUAGUUGGUCGUUAGUCUGUAUAUGUAUGGAAUAGUAACUUUUAUUGCGUUUUCCGAGUUUGAUACAGGAUAUUUUUGUUUGAUCUUUCUCAAAUCUUGCCUUAUUUGUUCAAAGGGGCAAAUAAACUGUCCUUACUGAAAGCA